UUUAAGUGUCUGCAGAAAUCUGACCGUGUGGGAGCAACAAUCACAUCCAAGAUGGAGACCGUAAAUGCUGGACAUAUGAUGAGCUUGGCAGCUCUACAGAGACAAGACCCGUACAUAAACAGACUGCUCGAUGUUACUGGUCAGGUUGCUCUUUACAACUUCAACUCCAAAACGAACGAAUGGGAGAAGACCGAAAUCGAGGGCACUCUGUUUGUUUAUGCCAGGUCUGCCUCUCCUCACCAUGGUUUCACCAUCAUGAACCGACUGAGCACAGAGAACCUAGUGGAACCAAUCAACAAAGACCUGGAGUUCCAGCUGCAGGAUCCUUUCCUGCUCUACAGGAAUGGCAACUUGGGUAUCUACAGUAUUUGGUUCUAUGACAAGAGGGACUGUCAACGUAUCGCUCAGCUGAUGGUCAAGAUUGUAAAGCAAGAAGCAGACCAUGCCCAGAGAAAGUCACCAGAGAGGGCAGAGCCUGGGAGGACCAAUGGCAUCGCAGAACCACGGCCCAUCGACAUCCUGGAACUACUCAGCAAAGCAAAGGAAGAAUACCAGAGAGCUCAGGCAGGUGAAACAGAUGGCUCUACAGAGCCAAAUGUGAAAGCAGCUAUCAACGCUACAGAACAUGCCCACAGCACACCACAGCCUGAAAAGAGCUCUCACACAGUGGUGAAGCAGAUCACAGUUGAGGAGCUCUUUGGCUCGUCCCUUCCUAAGGACCCCUCUCUGCCUGCCAUGCCCGCACACACUACCACCACCACUGCUUCCAGUGACCCCUCUACCGCCUAUAUCCAGAACCAGUCCUAUCCCACUGCAGCCCAUCAAAACCCCAGUUCCAACCAGCGGCACCAAGCCCCAGGCCUGCUCCCAGCUCCUUAUGCACUACAUCCCAGCCCUGUUUUUCAGUCAGUAGGCCCCAGGUCAGACCCCCAGCCUCGGUGCUCAGUUUCACCUCUCAUGGUGCCUCCCCCUGGCUCGGAGCCCCGUGCUGCUCCCCCUGGUCCUGCAGCACCGCCAGCAGCUUCUCCGGCUUAUUUGGGACAGGAGAUACUCAACACACUCAAACCGGCAGUGCCAUCUGUGAAUUCAGACAUCCAUAAACCUAUCCUCGCACCCAACUUCCUACCAAGCCUGGUCCCACCCCACAGCUUCCAGGAGCCCAUGGGGAAACCCCUUCUCCAGCAGAGCAAAGAGAUGGAUGUUUUCUCUCAGCCUCCAAACCUGAUCAAACCAAUUUCAGCUGUCCCCAUGAGUCCAGGCCUUACUGUUCCAGGAUCCGAAAUUUCAGUGCUUCUCUCCCCCAGCGCUUUCCAGCAGUCCAGUAAGACAGCAACAGCAACAGCAGCAGCAUCAGUGGUCCUUCCUGCCCCCUCUGAGACCUCCUCUACCCCUGUAGGAGCUGUAGAGCCUCCUCCAGCCCCCUGCAGCAAAACACAGUUACAGGAGACUCUGAUAUACCUCAUUAAGAACGAUGCAGACUUCCUCAGUGCCAUUCAUGAUGCUUACCUGCAGACUCUGUCCAAGGACUUCAGCAACAUGAAGCUAUAGUCCCACUCCAACCAUCACCACUGUUUAGGUUUAGUGCUACGACCCCUUUAUGACCCGUGAGAAGAACAGAAGUUAAUGGGAGUUUUAAAAAAGUGCAGCAAACAGGUUUCUGACGCACUGUACACCACAACUCUUCAAAUCUAGUCUAAGGGUUAUUAUAGCAUGCGCCUCACUGUUUAAUCCUCUAUUCCUGACUCAGAACGUAUUGUUUUUUGAGUCCUCACAUAAACACCGAUGCUGUCCCGGCUUCUCACGUCAAUUUGGAUUGACUUUUCGUCUGCAUAAGUUAAAGCAGAACUACUGUGGGAGAGAGGGAUGAGAUAAAACUUCCCAGUGUGGCCUUGAGUUUUCUUUUUUACUUUAGAAAAGUGAUGAAACUUUUGGCCAUGUCCUGAUAAAGUUUAGCUGUUGCUGGUUUAAUUCUCUGGAAGACAGGACCUCAGUGGAGCUUCUGUGACCUCAAAUUGUUUCCCUCUUGACAUUUGGACAGAUGGAUUUGCAGCUUAGAAUCACAGACACUGCUUUUCUCAUUUAUCUUGCGUCUUUUGAGUUCUCGCAGUGCGAGAGCAUGGGAACACUUACAACACACUUAAACUCUGAUAAGUAUUAUUAUUAAGAGAAAGACCUCUGUGUUGGGGACCUGAGAACUGUUUUGGGAGCCCUUGCAGACAAACUGUCCACUGUGUGGCUUUAAAAAGGACUACUCACCUUCCUGUUUUCACUCGCUGAAUCCUCUCUCUCAGAGACACUGAUCAGACAUUACAGUUUUUGUGGCAUUUGUUUGUCAGUGACUCUUAAUAAGGUGGAGAUUGGUGAGGAUUUUUUUCAACCCUUGUCUAAGGAAGAUAAAGAACUUCCAUUUCUGUUUGAAGCAGCACUUGCAGCUAAGACCUCAAUCUAAGAAUCAGUUCCUCUUGGCUGUUUUUUUUUUUUUUCUUUUAACAUUACAGACUGUGACUCAUUCAUAAAGACAGACAGACAAACGCACAAACCUGCUUCUUUGCUACCUUUCCUUUCACAACAUUUCUCCUUCUUUCUCUCUUUGUUUCUCUCAUCAUCUGAGUCGAUCAUCUCUCCUCCUCCAGUUGAGCUCGGAGUACUUGAUGUUGUUGGAGGAGAAUGUUCAAUAGACCACUGUUGCAGAGCCUUUAGGGAGAUACCAGCAUUUUGAAACGGUAGAACUAAGUUUAUCUGAACAUCUUGAUCUAUAAUAAGUGAUUUUUAUUUGAAUAUCACAAGCAAAAACCACAGAUAGUGCUGUUACGUUUGGAUUCCUGUUUACAUUCAACCCGUUAUUAAAUUGCUUAAAAAAUAGGGGGAGCUGAUGUGAAUUUGAUAGCUUCAGUCUGUUUCUAACUUACCACUUUUAACCAAUAAUCCAAAAAUAAUGAUGAUAAUUGGAAAAUACCUCUGUUCCUGCUUCUCAGUUGAUUUUUCCAAGCCACAAUUAAGUCUUAAGUCACAAAGACUUAAUACAAAACAAAUUGUGGUAAUUUUGCAGUAAAAUGCUACUGCAGCACUGUAAACCCUGCAGACCACAGCUGGAGCAGGAAGAAGCACAUCUGUCUCCUCGUCAUGUGCAACUCUGAAUGGCUGUAGUCGCUGUUCAUGAGCAAAGAAAGCUGAUCUAAGGUACAUCAGAAAAUCAGCUUUCAAAUAUUUAGGAAAAAAGUUUAUUAUUAGCAUGUGUGCAUUUCUAAACACAAACAACAGGUUACUAGGUUUGAUUUGCCAUGCUGACACAUUAUGUUUCGCACACAUACAAAAGACCAUUAAAUCUAAAAAUAAUGUAAAAGCAUGAAAAUGUAAGGUGUAAGGCUUUCUAACAAAUGGUGCAGUAUAGUCUGGUCUUUAGUACAGUUACAUAAACAAUCAGAGUCAUUUAGAUGGAAACAAUGUAUUUUUCUUAAAGUUUUGUUAACAACUUGAAGUGCAGAGAUCAGUUCUCUUCAUCUCACUUCAGAAGAGCUUCAAAAUCAUGUUAUUAAAAAUGUCUCCCCGUUUAUAAUUGGAAAUAUAUGAUUGAUU